AUGGUGUUCUCUUCGUCAGAGCUGCGAGCCUUUGACACGGCCGAGAAGGUGGCGUCUGUUUUCUCUGUGCUCGGUGCCAUGUUCAUUAUCUUUACAUUCUUGUUGGACGACAGGUUUCGAAAGGCCAUCAACAGACUUGUCUUCUUCGCGUGCUGGGGCAAUUUGUUCUCCAAUGUUGCCACGCUCAUCUCGAGGUCAGGGAUCAAGUUGGGCGUUGACACCGCCUUGUGCCAGUUCCAAGCAUUCUUGAUCCAAUGGUUUAUGCCAGCGGAUGCGUUAUGGACCUUUGCCAUGGCUUGCAACGUCUACCUUUCCUUCUUCCGUCGAUAUGAUGCGACCAAGUUACGGGCAUUGGAAUGGAGAUACCUUGUUGCUUGUUACGGGGUCCCGUUUGUGCCGGCGUUGGUAUUCUUGUUCAUCGAUACCGAGAACAAGGGCAAAAUUUAUGGCGACGCUGUGCUGUGGUGUUGGGUAUCGGAGAAAUGGAAUGCCCUUCGCAUCGCCACCUUUUAUGGUCCUGUGUGGCUCGUCAUCCUCGUCACCGUCUUCAUCUACAUCAAAGUCGGCAUGGUUGUCUUUCGGUGGCGAAAGAAGCUGAUCUCUAUGAACCAAAGCGACAGCAGGGAUGUAGCAGUCCGAAAAGAUGUCCCUAUGCAGCGAGAAUACUCGAUGAACAACCUGUCCCAGACGAGGUAUGAAGUCCCGAUUCACGGCCAAGUACCACAUUUUCCGGACCACAAGAAGGCCAUAGCUUCCCCAGGGAACGGCGACUUCGACGAUGCCCUCCGAAGCCCGACUACACUCAAAAGUCCCACUCAUGCGAGAUAUCCCUUGGUGGAGGAGAGCUUCCCUGAACGGCGAACGGGUGUGGUCGUGGACAGACCAAGCGUCAAGGGGGUGGAUGCUAACAAAGCCGCCUUGAGUUACUGCAAGACGGCAAUGCUGUUUUUCAUUGCCUUGAUCGUUGUCUGGGUGCCUUCGACGAUCAAUCGAGUCUACACCCUCGCGAAACCAAACGACCCCCAGUUUGGGCUCGAAUUCGCCUCGGGGCUGGUGCUCCCAUUGCAGGGAUUCUGGAACACCCUCAUCUACAUCGUGACCAGUCUCCCAGCAUGUCGGGCACUAUUGGAGGAUAUUGUGAGCAGAGCGCGGGGACGAGCUGGUAGUGGUAGUGGUGGUGGUGGUGUUGGUGGCCCUUUUUCAGGUGCACAACUGCGUUCUGAGUCACUGGCGUCGACUAGGAGCGCGCACCAGCCGUUGCCUUCCAAUGAUGACCGGGCUGAUAUUAUGGUGAGUUAUGAUGGCAAGAAUCGGAUUGUACGACACCACUCUAGGAUGCUGUCUGGGGAUGCCAAUAGUGCAAGCAGCAUUAUCAGUUAUUUGCCAGCUCGAUGA